AGCCGGCACUCGCCUCUACUCUUUAUCUCUGGACUCCCUCGACUACAACAACGAUGCCCACCAAGUGAUCGACGUAAUGCCUCUGAAGACAUUGUACCGCACAUGCGUCCCUCGUUUGCCUGCUUUGCCGGUUGCCUCCUGCAAUGGCCUGAUGCUGCUUUCGCACUACGACGUGGAUAAAAUUUGGGCAAUAUUCAACCCGGUAAUGCAAGAUUUCCACGAGGUGUCUGAGUUCGAUUACGAUUCACGAUUGAUCGGCACUGGGCUUGGGUAUUGUUCGGCCUCCGACGACUACAAAGUUGUUAGGAUAGAUGAAAUUCUUCGCCGUGGUAAAAUUGUAUACCAGACUUGCGUUUAUAGCCUGCGGUCGGGUUUUUGGAAGGUGAUUAACGACUGCCCUAGUGAUUUCCCAUGGCUUAGCCCCGGGGUUUAUCUGAAUGGAGCAUUGUACUGGAGAUCAUGGGAUUUCAUAAUUGCACUCGAUCUCGAAACCGAAAAUUACGACAAACUUCCUCUGCCUCCCGAUUUAGGGAAACCUUUCGAAACGCGCGUAGAUGCUUUUGGUGGAUGCUUAAUUCUGAGCUGCUACUACAUGAUGAAUCGCAUCGAUGGAUGGAUGAUGAAAGAUUGUGAGUGGGUAAAGUUGUUUACAUUUGGGGAAGGAUAUGGUAGUGGUACUAGGUGGAAUCUCAGACCUGUUGCUUAUUUUAAGAGCAAAGGGCAGGUUUUUCUGCUGCACGAUAGCGGGUUUUUUAUGUUGGAUAUCGAGAGAAAUCUUGCGAAGAAUGUUACCAUUGAUGGGCUUCCGGAAUUUUUCUCUUGUCAAUUUUUCCCAGGAAGUAUUCUUCCGCUCGAUGAAAGUUAUGCCGUUGAAGUGAAAAGUAGUGCCGGAACGAAGAGGAAGAGGAAGAAGAAGACGGCUAAUAAGGUUUAAGCAUGAUGUGACAAUC